CGGGUGCUGAGGAGGGGGGCUGAAGGAGGAGUGGGUGCUGCUGGGUGUCCAGCGCGAUGCAGCCCGUGAAGCUGAAAUCGAAGCAUCGCUCUUUCUGCUUCAGCGUGAAAGGCCACGUGAAGAUGCUGAGGCUGGCACUAACUGUGACAUCUAUGACCUUUUUUAUCCUCGCACAAGCCCCUGAGCCAUACAUUGUUAUCACUGGAUUUGAAGUCACCGUUAUUUUCUUUUUCAUAAUUUUAUAUAUGCUCAGACUUGAUCGAGUAAUUGACUGUUUAUUUUGGCCUUUGCUUGAUAUUAUCAACUCACUGGUAACAGCGGUAUUCAUGAUAGUCAUAUCUGUGUUGGCACUGAUGCCAGAAACUACAACAUUUACAGUCCUUGGAGGGAUGUUUGGACUCCUGGCGGCAGUGUGCUGUAUUGCCGACGGGGCCCUUAUUUACCGGAAGCUUCUAUUCAAUCCAAGUGGUCCUUAUCAGAAAACUGCUGUUCAUGACAAACUAUAAGUUUUGUAAUUUUAUAUUCCU